AUGCCCGUGAUAUCCUUCCAGGACGGAAUGUCCUCACCAUCAGAUCCAAGAUCAGUUCCUCCUUCGCCGGAGCGUCGUGGCUUUGGUCGAGCCGUUACUGCUCCACAGCUUGCGGCGGCUCUGGAACAGACAUUCACAUUGCAAGGCUACGAACGUCGUAAACAGUCCGUGGGAGUGGACAAGCGGUCACCCUCCGAGGCAUCCAAGGCGGACGGGCUGAACGACCUUGGCAUGGAAUGGACUCCUACAACCCGAUCAGACGAUCCGCUAACAGAAGUUCCAACUUCUUUCAUGCGCUUACCUACAUCCUCUGCCUGGCGAGCCUAUUUCAUGCAAGAGGUAGCGGGGGAUAAAUGGCUCGAAGCACAACUCCUCCUGAUGACCGUAGUGACCGGAAUGCUCGAUGCCAUGACCUACACCACAUACCACGUCUUCACGUCCAAGCAAACAGGCAAUACCCUCUUCCUGGCCCUCUACGCCUUCCGCGUCCCAGCUCUCGGCCCAGGCGUUGAGACGAACGUCGGAGUUUCAAUUGGAGUCUUCAUCGCUGGUGCAAUCUUCUUUGGACACAUCGGUCACAUCUCACGACAGCGAAGGAGGAUCUGGCUUCUGGUCAGCAACGCCUUCCAAGCACUCCUCAUGCUAGCUGCUGCAGCCGUACGGUACUGGGUCAGCAGACGGGCCACGGGGCCAGGAGCCAUGGCAAUACUAGCAUUGCUCAGUUUCGCGGAAUCAGGCCAGAUCGCAAAUGCUUUGAACGUAGCCAUGCCGGAACUCAACACGACCAUGAUUACUGGAGCUUUGAUCCAGCUCUGCACCGAUAAAAAGUUCUUCCAGCUAAAGAAUGCGAAACGCAAUCGACGACUAGCAUUCUUCGCCAGCAUGAUGGCCGGAUGUUUUAUUGGGGCUGGGAUUCUGGCACACUCGACUCCUAGCGCAGCGUUGGUGAUUACAGCAGCGACGAAGGGGAUCUUGUUCUUUAGCCUCUUAUUCAAUAGGGGCAUGAUGAAGAAGAAGAAGAAGAAAUUCCAGCUUGAGGACGGGGGCAAGAAGGUGGAAGGCGCGGUGACGCCAGUCAGUAAAGUUCUAUGGGGUGAUUAA